AUGGAACAAAACACGAAAUCUCCAUUGCAAUCAAAAACAAUAAAACCCCUAUUCUCUGAUCCCAUUUUUCGUCUUCAAUCGUCACGUUAUCAUAGGGUUUGGUGUUAUGCUUUAACCUCUUUAUAUGGCCUACCCUGGUGUCCUAAAAUCAAUUUAUGCGGUUGUUGUUUGGAUUGCUUCAUAUGCUCUUGUUGCAAUUAUUGGAUUAUUUCAAGUCUCGACUUUUAUUGGUUCAUCUAUUUUCAAUCGAUAAAGUACUUUGAAGGGGGUAAAAGGGGCAAAAUGGCAAUAAAAAGAUCAAGGAAUAAUGAAAAAGGUGGAUCUAUAUGUCAUGAUUUUGCACAAAUGGACAUUGAAGAGCAAAGAUUUAGACCAAAAGGAUUUGUUGAGAGAGUUUUUUGUUCUUUUGGUAUGAGUUUUGGUGUGUGAGAGAUGUGUCGUAUGUGGGAUUCACUUUCUUUCAAGGAUCUUUUGAGGGAUUUAUUCAUUGAGUUUUGAUUUGGUUCAAGUGGUUUUAAAAACCUAGUCGUUGUUGGCUUGAACAAAGUGUUUUGUCGAGACAUAAUAUAUAUAAUAAAAGAUGAUGUUCUUGACAGUUUCUAUUUGUGCGUUGUAGUUUUUAGAAGGCAUUGACUAUGAUUUGAAAACCUAGGGUC